AGUGUUGAAGAACAGGACAGAAUCACGAUUGAACAAAGCGUGUGGCGAAGGAUUCGUUCAUAGGACAUCGAAAAGACGAAAAUCCAAACGGGUCAUGGAGAUGGAGCCUAUGUGUAUCGCGGAAAAUGAAACGGAGGGAUCUCGCGGUGAUCGGAAAGAGGGGGGAAAGAGGGGACGCAAGCCCGGAAGGAAGGCGUCCGACAAGACUGACAUGAAAGCCAAGCUCGUUUCAUUUAUUUUUGCAGAACGAAGCCGACAGAGUGCGAGGGAGUGUCGUGCUCGAAAGAAGCUAAGGUAUCAAUACCUCGAAGAGCUGGUAGCUGAUCGCGAAAAGGCUGUGCUUGCUUUGCGGAAGGAACUGGAGAUGUAUCGCCAGUGGGGACAAGAAUUGGACGCCGGACGAGUUCCCGAAGGGCUACAAGCGAUGCUGGAGGAGUUUGGCUCCCUGAAACGUGAGAAGGUGGCCAACUGAACAGAGAAACACACGAGUCACGAACAUCGAGAGCUUCGCGCAUUCUUUACAUUUCUCUCUUUUUUUCUUCCCUUCAGCAUCGUACGUUUCUUUCCUGACACAAUCAAGUGUCAGCUUCGGCGUUCAACCGGUGUUCUUCGAACCGGUGAACAAUUCAGCGGACAAAUUCGUAUUCUUCUUCAACGACUCGUUUCCAGUCCUUUCCUGUGCCUCGCGUUUCCUUUUUUUUUCUACCACUGGACAAAUUCCCAUUGGGACCAUCCAUGGAAACAACAGUCCUGUCCCGUCUCGUUUAUACGAUUCUAUUCUGCUUACGGUACAAAGCUAGUCCUUGUUCGUCCUUCUUUCUCCUCUUCUCCCUGUUCCUUUUUUUUCUUUCGCGAGAGAAACUUUCGGUUCGGUAUUGUUUCUCUUUCUAGUUACCGUAUCGUGGUUUGUUUUCACGCAAAAUUGUUCGCGUCCCCUACCCUUUGCCCCUUGUUAUUUGUGACCCAUUAAGUUAAACUAGUUUUGUUUUUCUAUUAUCAUUGCGAAGCAACGAUAAAGCCGAUCAAGUUAGUCGCGAGAUAUACGGCGCAGCGCAUUGUUGCACAGGCAUUACGAAGUACCUUUCAUCGUGAUUGUUACAGAGAAUAUAAAUGAAACGAGUAAAAUGGUUUAUAUAUUUCUGUUAAGCGAUGAACGAUCAUUGAUCGUCGUGUAUCAUAUAGUCGGAGAGAUAAAGGGUUACGUAGUAUUCCUUGUUCAGUGACUCUUGUCAUUCUAAUAGGUGUAUUCGUUGAACGAUUUAGGCCUUGCUAAUUAUCAACUUUUCUCUUUCUCGUCGAAUUUAUAUCGCCAGGAGCGUUUUUAUUUGGUUUCGCUGACGUUACCGCGUGUCUGCGGUGAUGUUAUUUUUAUAAAACGAUAUAAAAAGAUAUCAUUUUGUACAGAUUAUUAAUAUUUCGGAAACUUGUUCUUAUAUAGAUAUAUAUAUAUAUAUAUAUAUAUA